CCCAAGCAGGUUUUGGACAUCAAGCAGUUCCUCGAGAUCACCCGCAGAAAGGACGCCGUCUCUGCCCGCGUCAAGAAGAACGGUGACAAGUACAAGUUCAAGGUCAGAUGCUCUCGCUACCUUUACACUCUUGUCGUCAACGACAAGCAGAAGGCCCUUAAGUUGAGACAGUCCCUUCCCCCUGGUAAAUAUCCUUACUUUUUGCUUUAUUUCCUUAUUGUUACUUUUUUAAUAUGUGGUGUACUAAAUAUUCGUCUCUAUAUAGCUUUGAGCAUCCAGGAGAUCUAA